CAGUUCCUGAGAUAAGCGCUUCGCAGGAGAGCACCUUCGUCCCCAUGCCCCUGCAGCGGCUGGACCGGGCCGGACCGGACCCCCCGCCCGGGUAGCGCUGCCAAUGCGCAGCAACGGUGACGGGUCGGGGCGCGGGAACCGCGGCUCGCGCUCGGCUCCCCGGAGAAGAGCGCGCGGAGACAGGUCGUCAUGGUUACCGCAUUGACGGUCUGCACCAGAGGGGGAAGAUGGUCAUGUGCUGAGGCAAAAUGGCGGCAUGGAGGACGGAGGAUAUAGUCUGAUCCCAUCCCCAGCACUGAAGGAACGCUUGGGGUGGCCUUAAGCACAUGAGGCGGGUGACUGGCAUUGGCGUAAAUGAACCACUGACUGGACAUUGAGGAGCUGCGAACGGAGAGAAUCGGAUUCCCAGCAAUGAUGGCUCUAAGUGUGUUUGAAAAUGAUGAAUAUAAGCCUCCAGUUUGGAAAUCUUACUUGUAUCAGUUACAACAGGAAGCUCCUAAUCCAAGGAGGAUUACAUGCACGUGUGAGGUGGAAAACAGACCCAAGUACUAUGGAAGAGAGUUUCAUGGAAUGAUUUCGCGAGAAGCAACCGAUCAUCUGCUAAGUGUAGCAGAAGGAAGUUAUAUUAUUCGGGAAAGCCAACGUCAACCUGGUACCUACACCUUGGCACUGCGCUUUGGGACUCAGACCAGAAAUUUUCGUCUUUAUUAUGAUGGGAAACACUUUGUGGGAGAGAAACGCUUUGAGUCGAUUCAUGACCUGGUAACAGACGGAUUGAUUACGUUAUACAUCGAGACAAAGGCAGCAGAAUAUAUAGCCAAGAUGACAAUUAAUCCAAUAUAUGAACACAUUGGCUAUACAACUUUAAAUCGUGAGCCUACAAGCACAAAAUGUCUUCCAGACCUCCGAGAUGUUCAAGCAGAGCCCCAAUCUGCCAAAGAGGAUGAUACUCCAGAAGAAAGGUUGACUUCACUUGUUCGAAGAGCCACACUUAAAGAAAGUGAACGGAUUCCCAAAUAUGAAAAAGUACAUAAUUUUAAGGUUCACACAUUCCGAGGGCCUCACUGGUGUGAAUACUGUGCCAAUUUUAUGUGGGGCUUGAUUGCUCAGGGUGUGAAAUGUGCAGAUUGUGGCUUGAACGUUCACAAACAGUGUUCCAAGAUGGUUCCACAUGAUUGCAAGCCUGAUCUGAAACAUGUGAAAAAAGUCUACAGCUGUGACCUGACAACUCUGGUUAAAGCACAUAAUACAAAGAGACCAAUGGUGGUGGAUAUGUGCAUCCGAGAAAUUGAAAGCAGAGGUUUGAUGUCUGAAGGUUUAUACAGAGUAUCAGGAUUUAGUGAUCUAAUUGAAGAUGUCAAGCUGGCAUUUGACAGAGAUGGUGAGAAAGCAGACAUUUCUGUGAAUAUUUAUGAAGAUAUAAAUAUUAUCACUGGUGCGCUUAAACUUUACUUCAGAGAUUUGCCUAUUCCACUUAUCACAUAUGAUGCAUACCCAAAAUUUAUUGAAGCUGCUCAGAUUCCAGAUCCUGAUGAGCGAUUAGAGUCAGUUCAUGAAGCAUUAAAAAUGUUGCCACCUGCACACUGUGAAACUCUGAGAUACCUUAUGGCUCACCUAAAGAAGGUUACCCGACAUGAGAAGGACAACCUGAUGAAUGCAGAGAAUCUUGGGAUUGUCUUUGGACCAACUCUAAUGCGUGCCCCAGAACAGGAUCCCAUGGCAGCCUUAAAUGACAUACGUUAUCAAAGACAAUUAGUAGAGAUGCUCAUCCAAAAUGAAGAUGUUUUAUUUUGAACUUGUUGAGAGGGCAUUUUUAAACAAUCAAAGGAAGAAUGAGUUAGAUUAUUUUAUUCUGGUAGCUGUUUCAGUGAGCAGGUCAAAAUGACAACAAUCCUUUGUACUUUUUUUAUAGUAGCUUGGACAUAACUUUGAAUACUAAAACUGUUGGAUUAUACUUGGAUUCUAUAAUGAGAGCUAAAUUUAUGACUUGCAUGAUUUGAUCCUCAUUUUUGUCAUUAUUUUCAGUGGAGCAUCAGGAGUGUUACAGUUUUUUUUAAAUAAUAUUAAAUGAGCUUGCAUGUUUGUGAGUUGUGUUUGUGUAUUUGUUAAAUGAUCCAACUACACCUGUUGUAGUUGAUAAUUCUAGACUAGGGAUGAGGCUAUAAUCACAGGAUUUCAGAAUAUAUAAAAACUAUUGCCAUCAGUGAUACUUGCCACUGUACAUUUCAGUUUUUAGAACCAUGGUAUAAUUUGUCAAAAUUGUGUAAAUUUUACUUGUA